CCGCCAUUUUGUGUGCUGUCGAGAACAAGAUUUCGAUAUAUGUGAAACUUUUGUUAAUUACUGUUGGUCUGACAUGUCUAAAGGGCUCUUCUAGCACAGGUUGACAAUAUGGAGAGCGGUCUAGUCAUCGAUUCAGUAUAUUCCUUAGCAAAGUCAGACGGAGAUGACGACGUGAGCGAAAUCAAUGAAUGUAAACCGGGAUCGCCGCAGAUCCGAGAGGAAGAUUUGAUUCCCACCAAGAGUGGCGAGGAUGACAGUCUGGCCACUGAUUCUGGUAAUGAGUUUGUUGAUGAUUAUGAUGAACCAUUGCAUUUGCACGAUUGGUCUGACGAGAUGGACAAUGCAGCUGUUAAUGCUGACAUAGACAUGAAUGUAAGUGUUGAUGAAGACUCGAGCAAAUGGUAUUCAGAGAUUCGUGAGCGUCUCGGAAACAGUCCUGAAGUUGAUUUUUCUAAAUUCAUUGACAUUAAAAGUUCAAAUGCUUCAAAAAACAAAUCAAGAUACAAAAAACAAAAACCCAUUGGAAGUUCUUCCAAGUUACAUUUUACAGGCGAAGCUUGUACGAAAAAAGCGCCUCACAAAAAAACACAUGUGGACAUGGACGACGCCCCUCCAGUACUUGAAAACAUGGAUGGAAACGAAGGUGUUGAAACACUUCCGUUCUCAAGACGACCCCCUGUCCUUAUGCCCGAGAUACAAUGUGACCCUGAUGUUCAACCGCCACAAGUAAAGAAACGGAGGUGCUCCAAGAUCGACCCCUGUUACAUCGUGCUAUCCAAUGUUGGGAAAAUAGUUGCGAAUGACCGCUCGAUCUCCCUUAGAACGUUCAAACGCGUUCAUACUGAAUGCUCAAAUAUGUGUAAGAAGACGCAUUUUAAACGACGUCUUUCUGCUGGUGAAGAUGUUUUUAACGUCAAAACGCCUAGUAAGCAAAAAGACUAUCAACGUUAUCUUGAAGAAUUUGAAGACACUCAAAGAGCUACUAAGAGAGGUUUACCAUAUACGUUAUUGACAGAUCUGCUUAAAAAACAUGACCAAAAGGUGAAAAAACGGAUAGGUAGUCCUGAUAAGAGAUACCCAAACCGAGUUCGACGAACCUUUGCUCGUUUACCACAUGAUUUCAAAGAAGUCGACACACAAUCUGAGAAAGGGACACCGGAACCACAGGAAAAACUGCUCCCAAAUGUUGCCAAACCCAAGGAUACUGUGUUGAAAGAAAGGGCAUUGUGGAACGAAAAGCGUGAAAACGAUCGUUUACGUGCAUUAGCCACUUUGAGUAAAUUGGUCAUGAUCAAAAGGAAGUCGGGACUAGAGAAGAAGAAAAUCAAGAUGUCGAGAGCUGAGGCAAAGAAAUUCAUUCAGCUCGACGGGACAAAGAGCAAACACGGUAGAAUAAGGAAGUCCAAUUCCCGAUAUAACACAGGCUAUGCUUUGGAUACACUGGAUAUUCUUGAAUAUGAAGCGGAUAUGAAAAUGAAACAUCAGUUGAAACAGUCCAAACAAGAAACAGACAAACAGUUCAGGAAGGGGGAAGAAAAGCACCAGAAAAAGUCAGAGAAGAUUCUACAACAUACUAUUGUUAUUGAAAACUGGGGAAAUGAGUCUAGCGCUGAAUCUUUGACAGAUAACAUAAACAACUCUCAUAAACCUGUUAAAUUUCAUGAUUGUAGCGGCGAUUAUGUCAAAUCGAAACGCAAGAUACCUUCCAAAAAAUCUCAAGGUACCAAAUCAAAACGAACUUCAAAUGGCAAUGGUACAAGUAAAAAUGCAUAUCAUCGCAUGCCUAACACACAAACGACGAUUUCAGAUCCAUAUUCUUUGAGAAUCGAAAUAGAGGAUGAAAUUCGCAGAACUAGAGAAAGAAUGGCAGCAAGUGAAAUUAAGACUAAACGAACCGACGUGCUCAUCCAAAACACACAAAGUGUGAAUGAUUUCAUUGAAACGGUCGUUUGGAAUGUCCCAGAAGGAGUAAAAAUCAAGAGUGAACCAGUGGAGUUUCCUGAUGAAAGGGAAGAGCACUUAUCUGAGGUAAUUAAAGGGGACGCUAGCAAAAGCCUAUCUGAAAAUCCUGGAGUAACUAUAAAGACGGAACCUAUUGAAACCGACGAUACUAGCGGAACACAAGAACAUCAUGUCGACAAACACAAGAAUUCAAAAACUACUGAAGCCUUUGGCACCACACAUGAUUCUAAAAAGCUACAAGCAGACUUGGAGGAAAAAUACAAAAUGUUCAAGAUUCCGGAAAAUGUGCAAAAAUUAUUUAUAAACGGGCCACAAAAGGAAAGUAUAUCAAAGGAGAGUUUGCAUAAUGAAAAUACAAAUCUUUACAAGGCACCGGAAGGUGGCCAUGGCAUUCAUGACAUGCAGAAGAAAAUGUUAAUGAUUGAUCGACCUCAAGUUAAACAUGUUCAAGUAGUUCAAACUACCCCAAAACAAGCAAAUCAAUAUCUACAUUUCUAUACUGAUAAGGUUGUUGUAAAAGUACCACCAGACCAGAAACUGCAACCAGGGACUGUUAGUCUUCUCAGUCAGGCAGGACAACAUCUGCAGAAACUUGAUAAGAACAAUAUCAUUUUAUCAUUGCCUCCAAGUUCAACUAGCAAGGCUGCAUCGGAUUCUUCUCAAUCACAAAUGAUCUCUCAAUUUAGGUCAAUUCCAAACUUACCAAGUCAUAUUGGAUUAAAGUCGAUUGUCCCAAGCCAAAACAUAGUAAAGUCAACAAGUACUUUGAAUUUGUUGCACAAAAAUAUAGUGGUAAACUCGCAAUUCCCUGGAGUAAUGCAGCCUGCAAAUCUUAUCGCAACGACACCUGCUGUUUUAGGAGACUCAAACACAUCUGUUGCCGUUUCUACACAUUUUGUGUCCGCCAGUGGUUUCAAUACAACUAAUAUUGCAAGUACACCAAAUGCAUUUGGAGGCAUAAACUCUAUAUCAGCCCCAAAGGCUGUUUUGAAAACUGUCUAUAGCCCGGGCACCGCAAAUUCUACCAUUCUGGUCAACUCAGCACCACGUGCGUCAACAUCUGUUGCAUCAAACCUAAAGCCUUUGAACACUAUUGUCCUUCAAGCGCCCCCAGUACCACAAAUCGUUCGCACCCCUGUGGCGAAACCAAGCGAAGUUGCUAUUACGUCAUUCGUUAAUGCAACAUUACCCCAAGCUCAAGGCGCCGACAAGCAAGCAGCUGGCAACGGAAAAUUGAAGUUUUUCCUACUGAAAGUAGAGGGCAAAAAUAUUCUUAUACCAAUGGAUGUAUCAACCCAGCAGGAACCUAAGGCAUACAUUAUGUCAGCCCCAAAUUUAAGUACAAACAAUGUUGUUACAACAAUCUCAGCUAAUAAAACCGCAUCAGUGUUAAAGACCGAUAACAAAAUGACCGUAAUUGUCCCUUCCUCUGCUACCUUACCCGCAACAUAUGCAUCACCGGGCACAAUUAGGGCAUCUGUAGUUAGUACUUCCCAAGUUCCCACUGCAGUGCAAGUAGUAAUGCCUGGUAUGUCAAACUUACGCCCAAUGCUGCCUAUGCAGCCACACAUUAUAAGACCAAUGGUAGUUCCCAAUACGACAGUUUCCCAGUCCAAUGUUCACACAAUACCGGUGAUGAAACAGCAGCCCGCCAUUGGCACCAUUCCAGGCAUAAUGCAGACUAUAAAUGCCCCCCUCCUUAAACACCAGCUGCUGAAUAACGGUACAACCAGCGUAAGCGGCAUGAAUUCGAAUACCGUUGGUUCCAAUCAAUCGAAAAGCAACACAGUUCCACAUAAGCAUGUAAACAAAUCGCAAAUAAAAACAGUCACCACGCAUGACGCUAACGGUAAACCGUUAACAUUGGCCGAGGUUCUUGAAAUGAAGCGAAAAUCAAUAAAAGAAGCAAAGCUGAAAGGUUCAUCAGGUUUGCAAGAAUCCAAGCAACUGUCUUUGCCAAAACAACCUAAUCGGGACGAGGCAGAUUCGGCGACUCAAAAGAGUAAACGCAAAUCUUUACAUGCACCGAAGACAUUGAUUGAGGAUGAACAUGAUACAUUUAAUGAAAGAACGGUACGGGUAUUGAAUCCAAUGGACUUACAGCAACGCGUAAACAACAAAGGAUGCGCGUUGAAAGUUGUACACAAUGCGUCUAGCUACGAGUCUCAAUCGAACGCAGCUGGUGGGAAAUCGCCAGUGAGUCAUGAAGCCAGUGAUGAGGGCUCGUCGUCACCAAAAGCGUUCACUGAAGGGAUAAGUGCAAGAGAAGAGAGGCUAAGGAAAUUAAAAGAGCUAUUGAAAGAAAAACAGAGGGCCGUGGAGGAUCUAAAAAUGAGUAAACCAACACUUUAAAUUACAAUAGAGAGGUUAAAGGCCCUGCGUGUACAUAUACGUGUGCAUACGGGUACGUUUACCUGUAAGUAUACGGGUACGUGUGCGGGAUCGGGGUCGGGUAUGUGUGGUAUAUUUUUGUGCACGGCGUAUUCCAUGUAUUUGAACAGUGUACACGUUCAAGGUUAGAAAAAAGCACAACGAAAGUAAGUUCACGUACACGUCGUCUUUUGCAACCUCUAUUGUAAGACAAAUACUUUUAGAUAUAAAUUGUUUUCAUCAUUGCACUGAUUUAUUGGCUUGAUGUCUUUUUUAAGAUAUGUAAUGAUCUCUUUUAUAGUAAGAUAAAAAGAAUAACUCCUGCUGAAGCUUUUUAUGAUUUUGUUACUUUUAUUGUAAUAUGAUUUAUUGUCGUAAGAUAUUUCUGUGUUUUAUAACGUAUUACAAACGUCAUUAAAAAGACAAAUGUUUUCAGGAUAAAGUAAAAGCAGAACAUCUGCGAUUAAAUAUUAAUUAGUUGCUUUAUUUUUUAAGAAUAAUUAAUGAAAAAGGAAUUCAUGAGAAAAAAAACCCAACCUUUCAUGAUAAAGAAAUAACUGAUACCUAGUUACUUUAUGAAUGAAAACCAUACAAUCAGUAACACAAAUAUGUUUUACAUAUGUAAGCAUAGAUGUGCUAUUUUUGCGUACAAUAUUUGGUUAGUAAUUGCCAUACACGCACUUGAACGCAAUUGUACGGGCAGCAUCAUUACGUAGAAUAUUGCCAUACUGUAAUUGUAUCGAAUGACUUACCAAUUCAACUAAUACCGUUCACGAAUGCAGUGGAAAAUACAGGGAACAGUAUUAAAGCCAUUUAUCAAUGUUUCGUGCAGAAAGCGAACACAUACUUCUGACAAUAAUACAACAUCAUCAAAAGCUGAAAACGCAGCUCUUUUAUCAAUAUGCGCCCAUGUCCUUAUUGGCUCGCACAUACAAAGUUCUAUUCAGAUGAAAAUGUAUGCCAGUUGCAGUUUGUGUUUGUUCAUAAAACUUAAUUAGAUAAUCUCAUUUAUUUGUGAGUCCUUUUUACAUUUAUUAAUGGGAUAAGCAUUUCAAGUAAUCGAUGGACAGUGUUAUUAGAAGAGUUGCAUACAUUCGCGGUCUAAGUACCAUUCAGAUUACCUUUUGUAAAAUGAUAUUGUCUGUUUCUCAUGAUUGACAAUGCAGAUGCAAUGGAACAAUGUUUGUUUUUAAAAACUUGAUAAGUGUUAUCGAAGGUUUGCUUAUGACGAGUCUGACUUAUUUUUACAAAUCAAAGACUCAAAUCCACGUGACGCAGCUCGUAUAAUCCUUAGACCUACGGAAUGUUAUCUUUGUUCAAAAUGUUUGUUACACGUUUUUUUUGUGUUUUAUUUUGUUUAUUUCAUAUAUACGUUUCAGUUAUAUUUAUAUAAUGAACACGAUUUUCCAUAGUUUUAUUCUCUGUAAAGAGCACAGUGCAUGUUUGAUGUAUACAGUUCGUGUAUUGUUUGAAUGUAUAUAUAGCCAGCAUAGAUCCGCACGAUACAUAUCCCAGAAUACGGCAGUCCGUAUUCCUAUAAAGUGCAAUACGGCCGUAUUCCACUCUGCUGACGUCACAUCAUAAACGUGCCAUUGCACAACGUUAAAAAGACGUAAUACAGCAAAAUAGUGCGUCAUUCAUAUGACAUUUAUAAUGAAAACAUAUGUAUUUUAAUUGAUUUAACCAGUAAUGUAUAUUAUAAAAGAGUCAUUAGAACUGAAUUUUGAUCCUGAAUGUCGUAUUCGACUCUCGUGGAAAUCCAAAUCUGCAAAAAUUCCUCUCAAGUAGAAUACAACUUCCCAGAUCAAAAUGCUGAACUAAUACCCAUAUAUUCUACACAUCAUUUCAUGUUUCUUUCAUCUGUAAAUAUAGUGUUGUAUAGAUAAUAAAGUUGGUAAAAUUC